AUGAAGGAACUCAGAGAAUUGAAACUGCCCGGCAUGGUCGAAGAGCGACGCAAACGAGAGAGCGCAGGUUCAAUGGACUCUCCCACAAUCAACCAUAGCCACCAAACGUCGCAGUCCUCAUCAACCAUGUGUGAUACGCCAUCACCAACGUUUUCGCGCGGUCAAUAUGGGUUCCCCAGCACUCCGUCUUCCUUGCCCUCUUCGCCGACCAUGCACGACUCUAGCGAUUAUGGCUCCGGCAAGCGGCCGCUGACUGAGGUCAAGGAAGAACCGCAAGAGAAAGAUGAAGAUAGCGAGAUGAUUGACAGCUUUAGACACGACGGAGACAAUGGAGAUGGACGUUACCCAGCAAAGCUCUCGUCGCCGGCAUGGACCUUUGAUGACGGAGAGAUUAUGCGCGACGCGGAUGAUGGUCGUGAUGAUGCCUCGCUUGAUGGUGAAUACCUUCGUCAGGGUCAUGUAAAGCGACAACGACCAGACUCAUCCUCACUAAGCGGCUUAGCAUCGAAGAUGGGCUCUCGGAUGCCUUCUUUUUCGCGCAAAUGGAGGUCAAGGCAGGUUUCGCCAUCAUUCAUCAUCCCGCCUUUGUCAAGAGAGCCCAGCAUGUCACGGUCACGUGCAAAUUCCACACGAGCCCCGUCCAUUGCUAGCGCACACCACAAUGCGGCCCCGCCUACACCCGCAGCAAGCACCAGACAUGACCCUUUCGAUGCAGCCGUUGGUCAGACUCGCGAUAGUAUCAUCGAGGACGAAGAAACUCAAGACCAAGGAAAGCCAACGACACCUCUUCUACCACCGCUCAUAACGGAGCAUCUCAAUCGUCAGCGGGAAGAGACUACACAGUCGCCUUUGCAGUCACCCUCCGUCGCCGAGCCUAGCGCAUCCUCAGUCAUUAACAGUCCUCUUGCUCCCCCUCAAACACCCCAGGUCCCGGCUUUGCCCUCGCCUCCCUUAUCGACCAAGCCUUCGACCGCCUCCUUUCACCGUCGGCCAUACAACAUCCCAAUCGUACCCACAUCGGAGAUACCACCAAUAGCAAUCAGUAAUCCUCCGGCAGACAAAUGGUCCGAUGCUCUUGGUCAUGCCAACUUCACUAUCUACCCUGAGCCUUAUACACCCAAGCACAUCGACUUAGGGGCAUGUAAAACCUUACGGGCAGAUUGGCACAUGGCCAGGCACAAUUUUGCUACGCACUUGAUGCGUGUUGGUGAAAAUGCAGGUCCUACUUCAGAUAUCCACCGACUUACCAACGAGAAAUGGGCAGAGAUUGACGCGACAUGGAAAUCCACAAUCGCCUCCUGCGUUGAUCAACUCGGGCCUCAGGAACAAGUUGACCCUGUAUCUCCUCAGCAGAGCGGGUCUAUCGGACGGGAGCUUGCAAAAACACCUCCUCCUUUGAAGAUGCCCGCGCUCUACGGUCCGAAUAGUGACGGCAAGUUUCCCAAAGUGGGUGACCGAGGCAUCGUGGGACCCAUGGAGGUGGGUCCAAUCCGAGUAGAAGUAAAGGAGCAGCAGGCUCGUGAGAGACAAGAAAAGAAGAAGAGAAAGUUGGGAAGUUACAUCAAAGACUGGCUCAACGGCGUUCGCAUGUUUGGCAAAGGUCAAGAGGCCGAUUGA